AUGUAUUUAAGGGUUAAGACAGUGUGUUGGACACCACUGGGACCGAGAGCGCAAACCCCUCACCCGUUUAAGCAAGACUGGAUCCGCAAGGAGGUCAGCGCUAUCAUCUACAUGACCUUGGAAUUCGUUAAAGAUAUGGACAUGAAAAUGCGAGACGUCCGCCGAGUAGAGCGUUACUACUACGGAACCAUGGAUUUCGGUGCCGGCCGUAUCUUCACCGCCAUAGGAAACAAGUUCGACCAUAUGUGCGCCCUCUACCGGAACACGUCAUGGAUUACAUACUCUAUAGAGCAGGAGAGGCAACUGCGGCCAGAGAUGGUCGGCAUGCUCCAGUUCAUGCUGAGCGACUACCACGAGUUCCUCUCCUUGAUCGACCUGUUCCACGAGCGUUACACGCACUGGAAGAAGUCCUCGCUCCGCUGGCAGAUCCGGGACAUCAUUGAGAAGUUCCUCGUCUCCAAGCAGAAGUACCCUACGAGGUGGAACCUACGGGAAGACGAAUGGCGCUAAUUCUGGAUAUUUAUUUGGAACUACAAGAGAUUUGUCAAAAUAAUCAAAAUUCAUAAUUCAUAUAAUUAUUGUACUUUUAGGUAUUAAAAAAAAAGUUAAAACAAACCAUUGGGUCUUAGUAUGGCUAUGAAGAUUGUAAAUCCUAUUAUAUAUAUCCUUGUAUCAAUGAAUGGAUACCUAUUACAUUUUAUCUCAGUGAUAAAUCACUAACAAAAAAUCCAAGGUUGCAUGGAAUGGAUGUAAAAGUAUUUAACAAACGACGCAAACAUCGAUUUACACCAAAAUUUUUCUUUGCACCAACACAACCUGUUGCUGAAAAAAGGCGUCUUUGAAUAGAUUUGAAUUUCGCGCAUUGUAAAGCGCUAAAAGUGAGAUUUAUUUUAUCGUCUAUAAAAGAAAUCUGUUUUAUUCCCAACGCUGGAAAUGGCGAGACAGACUUUAA